GUUGGUCAAAACUGUGUAAAUGCAGCGAGAACAACAAACACAACUGUUUCAAACCUGCUGAAAAUGUUCUCAUGCUGAAAAACUCCUGCUGAAGAGACUGAGAUCCACGUGACACUGAUAUAAAGAUGGCGAUUAUUAAAGAGGAGAGUGAAGACUUCAGGAUUGAAGAAGUGUUUAGUCUGAAACAAGAAGAGACUGAGGAACAAACAGGCCUGCUGGUGCUAAAAGAGGAGAAUCAAGAUCUGAAUGAAAUGGAACAGACAGAUCAGAAUGUGAAACACCAUGAUUUAAUAACUGGUGAAAAACCUACACAGACUAAAACAACAACUUCUAAACGAAAAAGAGCUCAGAAAACCAAAUCUAACAGCUCUUUCACCUGCCGUCGUUGUGGAAAAAGUUUCGAUGAAAAACGAAAACUUAAAUUGCAUGAGAGAGUUCACACUGGAGAGAGGCCAUUCACCUGCCAACAGUGUGGAAAGAGCUUCACUCAACCAGGAGCCCUUAAAAGGCACAUGAGAACUCACACGGGAGAGAAGCCUUACACCUGCCAACAGUGUGGAAACAGUUUCACUCAAAAAGGACACCUUGAAAAUCACAUGAGAACUCACUCAGGAGAGAAGCCUUUCACUUGCCAGCAGUGUGGAAAGAGUUUCACUCAAAAACCACACCUUCAAGGACACAUGAGAACUCACUCGGGAGAGAAGCCUUUCACCUGUCAGCAGUGUGGAAAGAGUUUUACACAGAAAAACAGCCUUCAAUCUCACAUGAAAAUUCACACUGGAGAGAAGCCUUAUAAAUGCGAACAGUGUGGAAAGAGUUUCCAUGGAAAACAAAACCUUAAAGUCCACAUGAGAGUUCACACUCAAGAAAAGCCUUUCACUUGCAAGUAUUGUGGGAAGAGUUUCACACAUACAUGCACCCGUUAUUACCACAUGAGAAUUCACACUGGAAAGCAGCUGUACACAUGUGAUCGUUGUGGAAAGACCCUCACAACAGAAUUUAGCCUUAAGUGUCACAAGAUCAGGCACACUGGAAAGAAACCCUUCAAAUGUGAUCAGUGUGGAAGGCGUUUCAUACAUAAGUUAAGCCUUAAUUACCACAUGAAGACUCAUUUGCCAGAGAAAUGCUGUAAAUGUGCUCAGUGUGGAAAGAGUUUCAGUCAUAAUGGCAGCCUCCAUGCUCACAUUAAAAAACAACACCCUCGAGAGAAGCCUGUGGGAAGAGCUUCUCACAAAUAGAAAAUCUUAAGAUUCACAUGAAAUAUGUGUGGAAUCAUGUGAAGAAACCCACAUGAGAUUUAAUUCAGGGGAGAACUAUUUUAUAUGCCAUCAUUUUGCAAAGCGUUUCACAGUCAAAGGAAACCUGAAGACUCACAUAUGUAACACAGUUAAAAAGAACAUUUAAUUUAAAGAGUAAAGAUGUGUGAAUUUCGUAAAAUAAGGGAUUUGUUUGUAUUUGUUGGUGUUUGAAGGCUCCCCUCCUGUGGCUGUUAAUGGUUUUGCAGAUGUAGUAUUUUGUUCCUCUUCUCUUUCCAUACCGCAGCAGAUUUGAGUGUCGCUGCUGUGGGUAUGUACGAUUUUUCACGCUCUAACUCACUAAUGUAUUGAUUGUGGAAAUAAUAUGUUUUAUGUGAAUAUUUUCGACACAAUUGAAUGAAUUGAUGUAUUUGAACAUGAGUAUGUAAUGUAUUUAACACGGUUGUUGAGGUCAUUAUAAAUAUGUUGAAUUUCCUCGUGCAUUCACAAGCGGGAACGAGUGCAUUUCAUGUGGUCAUUGUGUCUGUCUUAAAAUUUCUGAUAAUUAAUUGUAAUACGAGUCGAGUGAAAGUGUCAUAUGUAUAUCUGCAGUAUAUUGUUUCCUUCAGCCAACCUGAUUUGUACCUGUUUUUCUAUCAAAAAGAAUAAAUCAAAUCUGAAGAAAUCCCAUGUGUGAGUGUGUCCUUUCACAUCCGUUAGACAUAGGAGUUCACACUGGUGAGAGAGACCUUUCAAGAUCAUUCUGGAAAUAAAGUGUGACUGUGACAAAGUUUACCAAAACAAUAUUUAAAAAUCACCAACAUAUUCACUCUGGAGGAAGGCCCGUUAACUGUGAUCAACAAAAACGUUGGCACGGGGGCAACAAAGGGCUGAAAAAACAAUACAUUUUUAAAAGAAUUCAGCUGGGAGAACAUCUAGCAACUAAUUAAGUUAAUUGACAUCGGGUCUGUAACAUAAAAGGGAUGUCUUAGAGAGGCAGAGUCUCUCAGAAGUAAAGAGAGACAGAGGCUCUCCAAUCUGUGAAAGAGUGCAUAAAAAGAUUGUGGAAUACUUUAAAAACAAUGUUCCUCAACAUCUACGGUGCAUAACAUCAUCAAAAGAUUCAGAGAAACUGGAGAAAUCUCUGUGUGUAAGGGACAAGGCCAAAGACCUUUGUUGGAUGCCCGUGGUCUUCGGGCCCUCAGACGACACUGCAUCACUCAUCGACGUGAUUCUGUCAUUGACAUUACUAAAUGGGCCCAGGAAUACUUCCAGAAACCACUGUCGGUAAACACAAUCCGCCAUGCCAUCAAAUUCCAACACCAAAACUCCAGAAACUCACAACCUCGAUGCCCAGACGUCUUCAAACUGUUUUGAAAAGAAGAGGAGAUGCUACACCAUGGUAAACAUGCCCCCGUCCCAACUAUUUUGAGACCUGUAGCAGGCAUCAAAGUUGAAAUGAGCUCAUU